CCUCCAAGGCCAGCAGGUCACCAAGCCGCUCGUUACCAGUCCCUGCGAGUCGGCCGCUCCCCUCGCUUGCUCCACACUCCGCCCGCGCAUUCCGUCGAACGCCUCGUCCUCCUCCACCUCCAUCUCCGGCUUCCCAAUCCCCAUCACCUAAACUCUAGCCCUUCUCCCCGCCACUACCACCCCUCCGUCCUCCACGCGGGCGAUGCGGAAGAGGUAGCAUCCGCCGAUGGCCUGCUGCUGCCUUCGCGCCGCCGCGGCGCCCCGCCUCCUCUUCUACCGCGCUGCCGCCUCGCUACGCCUCCCGUCGCCACUCGCUGUGUUCAGGAAGGGUUUUUCGGAUCAGUCAGUUUUGCCAAUCACAGAUUCAGUCGAGAAUUUUCAAGGACCAUCAGUGCAGACUACUCCACGGAUUCCAUUGUAUGAUGACAGCAUAUCCUCAGGUAUAUCGAACACAUUGUCAAAUGCCAGCGAGGGUGUCACUCGUGCUGACCCUUCAAAGAGUAGGAUAAUGCUUGUUGAUGGAACGUCAGUGAUGUACAGAUCGUACUACAAGAUCUUAGCACAGCUGCAGCAUGGCCAGUUGGAGCAUGCUGAUGGCAAUGGGGAUUGGGUUUUAACUAUAUUCAAAGCUCUAUCCCUGCUUCUUGACAUGCUGGAAUUCAUUCCAUCUCAUGCUGCGGUCGUGUUUGACCAUGAUGGAGUUCCAUAUGGUCAUUAUACUGCCAUGCCAUCCAAAGAAUGUCACAUGGCAAAAGGAAUGACCUUUCGCCAUAUGUUAUAUCCUGCAUACAAGAGCAACCGCACCCCAACACCUGACACCAUUGUCCAGGGCAUGCAAUACUUGAAGGCAUCCAUUAAGGCAAUGUCAAUCAAAGUAAUUGAGGUUCCAGGUGUUGAAGCUGAUGAUGUCAUUGGCACCCUGGCUGUCAACAGUGUGUCGGCAGGUUACAAAGUACGGAUUGUCUCGCCUGAUAAAGACUUCUUCCAAAUUUUAUCACCUUCUUUGCGUUUGCUUCGGAUUGCUCCACGCGGUUCAGGGAUGGUUUCAUUUGGAGUUGAAGACUUUGUCAAGAGAUAUGGAGCACUGAAACCCUCGCAGUUUGUUGAUGUUGUUGCACUUUCAGGAGACAAAGCUGACAAUAUACCAGGAGUUGAAGGGAUUGGAGAUGUUAAUGCAGUAAAGCUGAUAACUAAGUUCGGUUCCUUGGAGAAUCUACUGAAAUCUGUGGAUGAAAUUGAGGACAAACGAAUUAAACAGGUUUUGAUAUCUCAUUCAGAACAGGCAAUCCUUUGCAAAAGCCUGGCCACAUUGCGUUCUGAUCUUCCUCCUUAUAUGGUUCCUUUCAAGACAGACGACCUUGUAUUUCAAAAACCACAGGAUGAUGGAGCCAAAUUCAUAAAACUCUUGCGGGCUUUGGAAGCAUACGCAGAAGGCUCCUCAGCAGACCCAAUAAUCAGAAAAGCAGCAUAUCUUUGGAACAAACUUAAAUCAUGAUAAUCUUUGGUCGGACAUGUCCUGAAACUUUAGGGAUGCUGAUGUUUCCAGCAGUGAUUGGGAAGGAAUUUUCCCAAGGUUAAUAGAUUGGAUCAGAAGAUUGGAUGCCUGCUGCAGUUUUGGUUCCAAAAUAUUGAUGCCAUCGGCAUGCUUCCUUAAAGUGUGAAUCAGAGUCCAGCCAUAUCCAAACUGCAAACCAAAUGUUGCUUGCGCAUUAUGGUGUGCUGAAGCGCACAAAUUUAAGGUGCCGCCUGCAUAUACAGGGUGCGCAAGUGUGCAUAUCACGAAACUAAUUAUAGUUAGCUCUGUAGAUAAAAUCACAACGUUGCUCAUGUAAUCUGCCUUUUUUGAGAGGAGGGCUCACGUAAUCUUUUUGGCCUUA